AUGGGACAGACUGUGACGACUCCCCUGACUUUGACUUUAACCCACUGGACUGAUGUUAGGACUAGGGCCCGCAAUUUGUCUGUUGAAAUACGGAAAAGGCCUUGGCAGACUUUCUGCUCUUCUGAAUGGCCCACCUUUGUGGUUGGCUGGCCCCGGGAAGGUGUUUUUAACCUGCCCCUUAUUUCUGCAGUUAAGAAGAUUGUUUUCCAGACUGAAGGAGGACACCCGGACCAAGUCCCCUACAUCCUCGUCUGGCUGGACCUCGUCCUAAACCCACCACCAUGGGUCAAGCCUUGGGUUCUCGAACCCCCUGAGGCAGCCCCCACAACAGUGGCGGUCGUCUCAGACCCAAAACCAGAGGCUACUACCUCUCCACGGCCCUCAGCUCCCCCACCUCUUUAUCCUGAGAUAGACAGCGACCCCCUUCUUGAUCUCCCUCUCCCUCCCCCUUAUGCUCAACCCCGGCUUCCUCCCCAGCAGGCCCAGCCAGCACCACCAGGAGAGCAUUUCGACACGAGACAGUCCUCUGUUGCAGGUUCAUCAGCACCAGGACCGGCAAGGGAAACUUGAAGCCGAAAAGGCCGUAGCACAGAAGCUGAAACUAUCACCGUCCCCCUCCAGGCGAUCAGCAUCCCACCAGGGGAAGACCAGCUCCCUCCUCUACAAUAUUGGCCUUUUUCCUCAGCCGAUCUCUAUAAUUGGAAAACUAACCAUCCUUCCUUUUCAGACAAUCCCUCAGCCCUCACGGGACUUCUAGAAUCCCUAAUGUUUUCUCACCAACCCACCUGGGAUGACUGUCAGCAGCUCUUCCAAGUCCUCUUUACAAAAGAGGAAAGAGAGUGAAUCCCUUUGGAAGUCUGAAAAAAUGUCCCUGGUGCCUACGGGACACCAACUAACCUCCCCAAUCUUAUAGAUGAAGGGUUUCCCCUGAUCAGACCUGACUGGGACUUCAACACCGCAGAAGGUAGGGAGCGUCUCACCGUCUACCGCCGGGCUCUGAUAGCGGGUCUCAGAGGGGCUGCAAGACAGCCCACCAAUUUGGCUAAAGUAAGGGAGGUUAUUCAGGGUCCUACUGAGCCGCCCUCGGUCUUUCUGGAGCAUUUAAUGGAGGCCUAUAGAAGGUAUACCCCUUUCGAUCCGACUUCGCUAGGGCAGCAGGCAGCAGUAGCAAUGGCUUUUAUCAGGCAAUCUGCCCCAGACAUAAAACGAAAGUUACAGAGGCUAGACGGACUUCAGGAUUACUCCCUACCUGAUCUAGUGAAGGAGGCUGAGAAAGUGUUUCACAAGAGGGAGACAGAGGAAGAAAAGAGAGAAAGAGAGAGGAGAGAGGUAGAAGAAAGGGAGAAUCGGCGAGACUGCUGACAGGAAAGAAACUUGACUAGAAUAUUGGCCGCAGUAAUAGGAGACAGUAAAAUUAACAGAGAGAGCAAAGGACAGGCAGGGUACCUGGGAGACUGGACAAAAAGACCCCCAAGGAAGCAAGGACCACCACUGGAUAAGGAUCAGUGUGCCUACUGCAAAGAAAAGGGACAUUGGGCAAGAGAAUGCCCCAAGAAACACUCAAGAGGACCUAAAGUUCUGGCUUUGGAUGAGGACUAGGGGAGACGGGGCUCGGGCCCCCUCCCCAAGCCUAGGGUAACACUCUUAGUAGAGGGGACUCCUAUUAAUUUCCUAGUGGACACCGGUGCCAAGCACUCAGUACUCACCAGGCCCUUGGGCCAGCUAGGACAGAAAAGAACUAUGGUGAUAGGAGCUACCGGCAGUAAAUUAUACCCCUGGACAACUAGAAGAAAAUUAGACAUUGGAAGAGGCCAAGUGACCCGCUCCUUCCUGGUCAUUCCCGAGUGCCCCGCACCCCUCUUAGGAAGAGACUUGUUAACCAAACUUAAGGCUCAGGUCCAGUUCACCCCUAGUGGGCCGGAAAUUACUUGGGGAGAAACUCCUGUAACUUGUUUAACAGUCCAGUUGGAAGAAGAAUAUCGCCUCCACUAGCCUAAGCUCAGUCAAACAGUCGCCCCAGAAUGGCUCGACAAAUACCCUAAGGUAUGGGCGGAACAGACUGGAGUAGGCAUGGCAAAAAGAGUGCCUCCAGUAGUGGUGGAGCUCAAAGGGGGCGCUUCACCCAUCUCAGUUAGGCAAUACCCCAUGAGCAGGGAAGCGAAGGAAGGAAUUCGACCCCACAUUAAGAAGCUUUUGCAGCAAGGCAUCUUGGUGCCCUGCCAGUCUCCUUGGAAUACCCCUCUCCUACCAGUACGAAAACCCAGCACCGGUGAUUAUCGCCCAGUGCAGGACUUGAGGGAAGUCAUCUGGAGGGUCCAGGACUUACACCCUACUGUACCAAAUCCUUACAACUUGCUCGCUUCCUCCCUCCCACCAGAUCGGGUGUGGUAUACCAUGCUAGACUUGAAAGAUGCCUUCUUCUGUCUCCGGCUCCACCCUAACAGUCAAUUGCUGUUUGCCUUUGAAUGGAGAAACCCGGAAGGGAGACAUACAGGCCAGCUGAUGUGGACCAGACUGCCUCAGGGAUUUAAAAACUCCCCAACGCUAUUUGACGAGGCGCUCCACAGGGACUUGGCUACCUUCAGGGCUCAAAAUCCUCAAGUCUCGCUCUUGCAGUACGAUGAUGACCUGUUCUUAGCUGCGGCCACUAAGGAGGCAUGUGAGCAGGGAACUGGUAGGCUCCUCGAGGAACUGGGUGAGUUGGGAUACCAGGUAUCAGCAAAAAAAGCGCAGCUGUGUUGCACUGAAGUGACCUAUCUAGGAUAUAUACUGAAAGACGGAAAGAGGUGGCUAACGGAGGCAAGAAAAAGGACAGUGGUCACUAUCCCAGUGCCUACAACUCCGAAACAGGUACGAGAAUUCCUGGGGACAGCAGGUUUCUGUAGGCUCUGGAUACCUGGUUUCGGGAGCCUGGCCGCCCCCCUGUACCCACUCACUCGAGAUCAAGCCGCUUUUGUCUGGACCCCAGAGCACCAGAGAGCUUUUGAAGGGAUAAAAACUGCCCUGCUCAUGGCCCCGGCCCUAGCUCUCCCGGACUUGACAAAACCAUUCACUUUAUAUGUAGAUGAACGAGCGGGUGUGGCUCGGGGAGUAUUGACGCAAACCCUAGGGCCAUGGAAAAGACCCGUAGCCUACCUCUCAAAGAAAUUGGACCCUGUGGCGAGCAGAUGGCCAUUGUGCCUGAAGGCUAUAGCUACAGUUGCUCUCCUGGUGAAAGAUGCCAACAAGCUCACUUUGGGACAAAAUGUAACUAUAAUCGCCCCUCAUGCCUUGGAAAGCAUCAUCAGGCAGCCCCCCGAUCGAUGGAUGACCAACACCCGGAUGACGCAUUACCAGAGCCUCCUGUUAAACGACCACAUCGCCUUCGCUCCUCCCGCCACUCUCAACCCGGCAACCCUUCUCCCCGAAACUAAUGAAUCUUCCCCAGUACACUCCUGUGUCGACCUGCUGGCCGAAGAAAUCGGAAUUCAAAAGGACCUGUCAGACUUGCCCUGGCCAGGAACACCGAGUUGGUACACAAAAGGUAGCUGUUUUAUGGUUAAUGGAAAGAGAAGGGCCGGAGCGGCUGUGGUAGACAGGAAAAAAGUAAUCUGGGCCAGCAGUCUGCCAGAGGGAACUUCGGCACAGAAGGCGGAGCUCCAAGCCUUAACAAAGGCUCUCGAGCUAGCAGAGGGAAAAGCCAUAAACAUCUGCACUGACAGUAGGUACACGUUCACCACUGCCCACUUUCAUGGGGCUAUCUAUAAACAAAGGGGGCUCCUGAUGUCUGCUGGUAAAGAAGUUAAGAAUAAAGAAGAAAUUCUCACUCUCUUAGAAGCUGUACAUUUGCCCAAAAAGGUGGCUAUUAUCCACUGUCCCGGGCAUAAAAAAGGAAAAGACUCAGUAGCAGUGGGAAACAGAAUGGCUGACCAGACCGCAAAGUUGGCGGCACAAGGGGCAGUCUCCCUUGCUCUGAACGUACCACAAGGAGAAAAAGAAGAAGGCCCCUCAGAAGGGAAAAUAAUCUUACCCCAUCAAGAGGGAGAGGUCUACGUAAGAGCUAUCCACCGUAUGACUCAUUUAGGGGCAAGAAAACUGUGCGACUUAAUUAAAACCUCAAGCUAUCACCUCAAAUUACAGUCUAUAACUGAACAAAUAACCAAGUCCUGCAGAGCUUGCACCCUAACAAAUGCUAGCCACUCAUCUUUUGAACCAGGGAAGCGACUACGGGGAGACAGACCUGGAGUCUAUUGGGAGGUAGAUUUCACAGAAGUCGUUCCUGGCAGAUAUGGUAACAAAUACCUCUUAGUUUUCAUAGAUACUUUUUCAGGCUGGGUUGAAGCCUUUCCUACUAAGAGUGAAACCGCCCAAAUACUGACGAAGAAAAUCUUAGAAGAAAUCCUGCCCCGGUUCAGAAUUCCAAAGGUAAUCGGUUCAGACAACGGGCCUGCAUUCAUCGCCAAGGUAAGUCAGGGAUUGGCCAAGCAAUUGGGGACUGAUUGGAAAUUACAUUGUGCAUAUAGACCCCAAAGCUCAGGACAGGUAGAAAGAAUGAAUAGAACUUUAAAAGAGACCCUCACGAAAUUGGCUGUUGAGACCAGCGGGAAAGACUGGGUGACCCUCCUUCCCUUUGCGCUCCUCAGGGUUCGAAACACCCCGGGGCGUUUUGGACUUUCCCCUUUUGAAAUCCUCUAUGGGGAACCGCCCCCUUUAGCCGGGCCAGGCGGAGUAUUGGACCCCGCCCUGGAUCCUCAUUCACCUUCUGCUCUGUUUAUUCACCUCAAGGCUCUGGAAGCUGUCCCCACCCAGAUCUGGAUCCGGAUCAAAGAGGCCUAUGCACCUGGAACUCCCGUAAUACCCCAUGGGAUUCAAAUAGGCGAUCUAAUUUUGGUCAGGAGACAUCGGGCGAGUAACCUCGAACCCAGGUGGAAGGGACCCUAUCUGAUACUGUUGAUCACCCCGACGGCUGUCAAGGUGGAUGGAAUUGCAGCCUGGAUUCACGCUUCUCACGUGAAGAAAAUCCCCGUUGAACAGAGUGAUGAGUGGAGAGUGGAAAAGACCGAUAACCCUCUUAAGCUUCGCUUGCACCACCUUACUCGCCCGGAGCAGUAA